AUGCUGGCAACCAACAAGAGAUUUGCAGUUAGGCAACAGGAGUCGGAAGUCUUUAACUUGAUCAAGGAGGACAGCACUUUGGACGGAAUCAACUCAAUUAAUGAUGCUUCAGAUGACGACAGCGAUGAUGACACAGGUAAUUCGGACGGAAAUGAGGAUAACGAAUCUGAUGAUUUCGAAGAGUCUGAGCACGAAGCAUUCGUCAAGAAAUUGAGAAAAAUGCCUUACAAGAAUCUCUUCAAGUUGAACAACAAGGAAAUUCCACAACUCAGUUGCGAGACACGUUGGAAUUCAUGGUACUAUAUGGUUUUAUCUUUGAAAUCUCAAAAAGAAUUCAUUUGCUCGAUAACUAAAAAUGACAAGGAAUGUGCCAUACCCAACGAAACAUGGAACUUCAUCGACAAUUUUGUCGUGGGUUUUGAACCCAUGUCACAACUGACGUUAGCUCUCCAGUCAUCACAACUCACGUUCGGUGAUUUUUAUUUGCUGUGGCUGCGUUGCAAAUUGCUCCUGGAGAAGACUGAUACUCCACUAUCCAGGCAAUUGUUGACGAAAAUGAAAAACCGAGAAUCAGCUCUAACAGACAACAAAGCAUUUUUGGCAGCAAUUUAUCUUGAUCAACGCAUUAACUAUCGGGACACUCCUCUGAUUUCUGAAGAACAACGUCAAUGUGCCCUGGAACACUUGAAACAAACUUGGCGGAGCAUUCAGCGUGUUGCUCAUGGCGGUUUAACAAACGUGUCCAUGGAGGACCCCAUAGAAGGACUUAGUUCAAACGACGACAUUUUGGAAAGUUUCUUUCGUUCACAUGAGGUUUCACAUGAUUCCAACAUCUCGACAUGCUUGUUUGAUGAACUGGAGGAUUUGAGCCGUUUACCUCGCCUAAAAUUGGAAAGGGGUCAGUCAAUCUUGGACUUUUGGUACAGUCAAAAGCAAGGAAAACCAGACAUGUAUUCAUUGGCGGCAGUAGUACUCUCUACACCGGCCACACAAGUUUCGACUGAACGGGCUUUCAGCACUUUGGCGUUUAUUCUAACCAAACUGAGGACACGUUUGAGUGAAACCACAUUGUCAAACAUUUUAUUGAUAAGAUUGAAUGCCGAAUUAUUCCAACAGCUAAACAUUUAGCAUAUUAUUCAUUAUUUUCAUUGGCAUUGCUGUUGCAAUGGUUAACAUACUCAUUUUAUAUCUGUUGAACUGUUUAAUUUUUUUUUUCAUUUGCUGAAACUAGAGAAAUAAAGAUUGAAUUAAUAAGCUAAACUCAAUUGCUUUUGAAUGUUUAUGGUAUUACGAGGCAAGAUCGACCUGGAGCAAGAUUAGCACCCUUAAAUGUUACAUAAACAAUUCCGCAUUUUUUUAAAACUGCGCAUACGUACCCUUAAACAGUGAUCCUUAGAUACAACGUUCCAAAACUAAUUUAGAAAUAUUCAAUAAUUACCGAAAAAUUGAUAAAAUAUGCCGAACGAAAAAAAAAAUACUCUCUAUUUGCUAUAACCACUAUAUUUUUUUUGAUACUACUUUAAAUUAAUGUUUCAACUUAGUGCUGGUAUUUUAUUUUGAUAAAC